AUGUAUGGAAAUUAUUCUCACUUCAUGAAGUUUCCCACCGGCUUUGGUGGCUCCCCUGGCCACACCGGCUCCACGUCCAUGAGUCCAUCGGCAGUCUUGUCCACAGGGAAGUCAAUGGACAACCACCUCAGCUACACCGACACCCCUGUGAGUGCCCCACGGACUCUGAGUGCAGUGGGGGCCCCCCUCAAUGCUCUGGGUUCUCCCUACCGAGUCAUCACUUCUGCCAUGGGCCCCCCCUCAGGAGCAUUGGCAGCCCCUCCAGGAAUCAAUUUGGUUGCCCCACCCAGCUCUCAGCUAAAUGUGGUGAACAACGUCAGCAGUUCGGAGGACAUCAAGCCCUUACCAGGCCUUCCAGGGAUUGGAAACAUGAACUACCUGUCCACCAGCCCUGGGCCUCUGGUUAAACACAUUUGUGCCAUCUGUGGGGACAGAUCCUCAGGAAAGCACUACGGGGUGUACAGUUGUGAAGGCUGCAAAGGGUUCUUCAAGAGAACCAUAAGGAAAGACCUCAUCUACACCUGUCGGGAUAAUAAAGAUUGCCUCAUUGACAAGCGCCAGCGAAAUCGCUGCCAGUACUGUCGCUAUCAGAAGUGCCUUGUCAUGGGCAUGAAGAGGGAAGCUGUGCAAGAAGAGAGGCAGAGGAGCCGGGAGCGGGCCGAGAGUGAGGCAGAAUCAGCCAGCAAUGGCCAUGAAGACAUGCCUGUGGAGAGGAUUCUAGAAGCUGAACUUGCUGUUGAACCAAAGACGGAAUCCUAUGGUGACAUGAAUAUGGAGAACUCAACGAAUGACCCUGUCACGAACAUAUGCCAUGCUGCUGAUAAGCAGCUUUUCACCCUCGUUGAAUGGGCCAAGCGCAUCCCCCACUUCUCUGACCUCACCUUGGAGGACCAGGUCAUUCUGCUCCGAGCAGGGUGGAAUGAGUUGUUGAUCGCCUCCUUCUCCCACCGCUCGGUUUCCGUGCAGGAUGGCAUCCUUCUAGCCACGGGUUUACACGUCCACCGGAGCAGUGCUCACAGUGCUGGGGUCGGCUCCAUCUUUGACAGAGUUCUGACGGAGCUCGUUUCCAAAAUGAAAGAUAUGCAGAUGGACAAAUCGGAGCUGGGCUGCCUGCGAGCCAUUGUGCUGUUUAACCCAGAUGCAAAGGGGCUGUCCAACCCAUCUGAGGUAGAGGCUCUGCGAGAGAAGGUUUACGCCACCCUCGAGGCCUACACCAAGCAGAAGUAUCCGGAACAGCCAGGCAGGUUUGCAAAGCUGCUGCUUCGCCUCCCAGCCCUGCGCUCCAUUGGCUUGAAAUGCCUGGAGCAUCUCUUCUUCUUCAAGCUCAUAGGGGACACACCCAUUGACACCUUCCUCAUGGAGAUGUUGGAAACCCCACUGCAGAUCACCUGAGCCUCACCAGCCACGGCCUCUCCACCCAGGAUUACCCCUGGGCAGGCACGUGUGGACCCCCACCCUGCACACUUCCCUUUGUACACUUCCCUCCAGCUCCCAUCCUGACCCCCUUCCA